GAGCAUAUCAAACGAGAAUCGCUCUUUUUUGGCGGUUACUCAGAUGAUUCACCAGACUUGGCGCACGCGACUGUAAAUCCCAAAUGCAGCACAACAGGAGAGCUUGUGAGCGCGGAUGCAAGGGUAAGAGAUCGCGUUCGCUUCUCGCGCGCAGCAAAAGUAAGGUUGUAAGGCACCAUCAACGGGAUUCGAAACGACUCUACCGGCGGCAUCCAAACAUACGCAUACUGCGCUCAAAGGAGAAAUCUUAGAAGGAGGCCAACCCAACUAGACUAUAUCGACCCAAGCACACAUUGCGCAAAAAAUCGGUGGUAUAUAAACACGCGUCCCUUCAAAAUCCCAAGCACACAAUGCAACACAAAUUGUUGGUAUAUAGAGACGCAUGCCUUCCGAUUGUCUGAGGCGCUCAGCAGCUCAUGGACCCUGGACAUGCUUCGCGAAGGGGUCCGAUCACUUGGACUGCGGAGUGGUCAAUCGCAGGCAAGCGCAAAUAGAAAGGAGACAUCAGAAGCGUGGGCUGAGCCGGCUCCUCGGCAACAUUCGAUUCUCUCGAGCAUUGGCGGAGGAGCCUGCGAGCUCGAAUCUACAGAUCAAUACGUCACACUCGCAGAAUUGCUUUGGGGUUCGUCAACCCACCAAAUCGCCCAUCACACGGCGCUCCGCGCGACAAACAUACGUACAGGCGGCGAUCUCUCCUUCGAGGCGAUGCUGGUCUUCACCAGCAGGCGCGAAAAGGACGUAGGAGCAAUGGCGCAAAUAUCGGCAUCCGUGUCUGAUCCUUUCCCUUCAGAGUGCGCAUCUCCAUGCUACACAACAUGCCGCUGCAAUUGAAUCGCAAGCAAGCAUUUCGCCAGGAAGCGGUGUUCAUUCAUGUCUCUGCGGGGUCGUGCUAUCCUACAUAAUUGAUCAGAUGAAGAGGGUCACACAGUCGAUGGAGGCCACUUGCAAUUGUGCUGCGCGAUUGAGAUGGGGGAGACGGGAGAGAUGCCUGCUGAUCGUGACAGA